CCCUCCUCUUGAAAACAGGCAAUGGCGUUUAUUCAAUAUUCAUCUCCUUGUUUCAGAACAACCUCAUUUCCUACUUUAUCAGUGCCCAUCAGAGCUUCUUCUCAUCUCUCUCUGUCAACCACUUUCAGAAAAUGGGUCCCAGCAUUUAGAGUCAAGUCCUUGAACUGGGUCUUCUCUGGUGCUCUUGCUCUUACAUUAUCUGCAACAGGGGUUGGGUUUGCGGAGGCAAAAGUCGGGGUUAACAAGCCGGAAUUGCUUCCUAGAGAGUUCACUCCAGUGAUUGAUGUAGCAGGCUUUCUCUCUGAUGGCCAGGAGAAAAGACUCAUUCAGGAGAUCAGUGAUAUCGAAAAGAAUACCGGCUUUAAGUUGAGAGUAUUAGCACAAAAUUACCCUGACACACCAGGGUUGGCAAUCAAAGACUUUUGGCAAGUAGAUGAUCGAACUAUAGUUUUUGUUGCUGAUCCUACCUUUGGCAAUAUAUUGAAUUUCAAUAUUGGGGAUUCUGUUGACUUAGACAUUCCCCGAAGCUUUUGGAGCCGUUUGGCAGGGAAAUAUGGAAAUAUGUUUUACUGGAAAGAAAAGGGGGAAGAUGCAUCUAUUGAAGCUGCCGUCAUGGCAAUAUCCAAUUGCUUAAGAGAACCUGUGGGGCCAAAUAAUUGUUCCGAGGUAAAAUAGCACUAUAUUAGUAUUACAAGCAUGAUCAAUUCCUUAUGUUUUCAUUUUCAUCCCGUUUGAUAAAUAGAUCAUCUGCAGCUCUUUGUAUAGGUUGAUAUUAUUUACCAGUAGAAACCAAGUUGUAAAUGAUUUUUUUACUUAUUCUUCGGAUGAUCUACUACUCAUAUAAUGUUUGUCAAUUUGGAUUGAAGAAAUGAAACAAUGCUGCUGAUUUGAGUAGCAUUAGAGAUUUAGAAAACAAUAAAUAAUCCAUGUUAGAAACUCA